UGAACGUCUCUUCGUACUAUGGAAAUGAAGCGCUUUGUGUUUUUGUUUCAUUGGACAGUUUCUCUGGUCAUAGUUGCACAGUCCAAGAAUCUGUUGGCCUUUGAGUGUUCCAUCAAUGCUCAGGUGCCAUAUGACGGUGAUCGGACAAUACGAGUUAAUGGUGCCUACACUUGCUCGUGGGUGAUCACAGUACCUGAAAACUAUACAGUUAAAUUCACUAUAACACAGAAAAACGUUGGUUCUGUUGGUAACACGAACUGUGUUAGUGAUUACAUACAGGUUCGAGAUGGAGGAAGCAAUUCGAGCACCCUGUUAAAGAAAAUGUGCAACUCAAACCUAGGCCCCUCUAUGUUUCGUUCAAGUGGAAGGCAAAUGUGGGUGGAGUACAGUUCAACUCAAGCAGGCAACACCUUCCAAGCCUCCUUCAAGAAACUUCUUGAUUCAUCUUUUUACCCACGAAAUAUUAAUUCCAGUGGAACUUCAGGAUCCAUCACUAGCCCAUUUUACCCACUUAAUUACCCGAAUGACAUGGAGUGCUCGUGGAAUUUAACAGGACCCGCAGGAUCGCGGCUCAUUCUCGUAUUUUACCGGAUAUGUAUUGGUAUCUGCCCGCCCAGCGCUUCGUCGUCCACGCCAUGCGCGGACGGUCUGUGUAGUAGUUUAGAGAUUGGUGAAAUCACCAUGGGCGAUGAGCGACUCUGCCCAGAAUCUUCGGUUACACCGUUUAUUUCGGUGAACAAUCAAAUCUCUAUGUCCAUGUUGACGAAUCAUGAGCAAACUUCGAGAGGAUUCGUCGCCGAUUACCAUAAUGUAUUUCUCGAUGACGCGUGCUCUCCAAUGACACAACUGACAAACACGAGUGGAUGGUUUUCCAGUCCGAACUUCCCUGCCAACUAUCCUACUAACACUCAGUGUGGUUGGAAUAUUUCAGUCCCUGCAGGUUACAAGAUUUAUCUGAAUUUCCUGGACUUUGACCUCGAAGACUGUCGAAGCUCGUGUUCUUGUGACUAUGUUGAGGUUACGGAAGGCAAAGACUAUAGGCGAAAGAAAUGUGGAAUAUUACAGUCAGGCGAAUGGAAGGUGGAAAAUACUCUGGCAAGUUAUGUUGUGGUGACGUUUAAAUCUGAUGGUCGGUCAAAUAAGAAGGGAUUUCAAGCAGUUUAUACAUUUGUAUCUUUGAAAGGAUGGGGAACUGUUCCUGGUGUUUACUGUCCAUGGUCAGAGUCAUAUUCAACAACAGCGCCAACAACUUCUAAAGGCAGUGAGGAAACAAGUUCACAGACAACACAAACAGAUAUUUCUAAGACGAGGGAGGAUCCUUCACCGAAUGGAAGCACAAAUCCACCCACUCUUCGCACUCAACGUAACAGCUCGAUGGCUAAGACGCAAGUGAACAGUUUUUUAUGGUUUCUUGCAAAUUUAGCCCUCGCUGUAUUUGCUAGUUGCCUGGAGUAACACUUAUUUCCUCGAGGCUUACGUUAGUUACAGACGUUUGGGACGGUCUCAGUAGGAAUAAUAAAGUACACCUUGUAAAACUACACGAGCUAUCAUGUGACUUCAAAACGCAUUUCACACAAUUGGGUAAAGUUUGUUCUACUUACAACGGACUUGUAACAUCAAGGAAGUAGUCUGAGUUAAUAGCACUAAAUAUAGAUGACAACCUCCCUUUUUUUUUUUUGAUACACCUUUGUGAGGGAGGUGCAAAUCAUUUUCUGUAGUUAUGGUAUGAAAAAAUAAAAAUCUUGUUGUUACUUUGUCACAACUCAGGGAAGACACCUUACCUUUGACAUGUUUCAGAUCUAUUGUAUUGUUCGUAAACAUACUCUCUCUAUAUUGUAUACCUCCUCUCACAAUAGUAUAAAAGCGCACCAUAUUUCAAUGCUACUUUCAGACAAUUCAAACUUUUGUUUCUAUUUUCACAAAAACGGUUUUCUUGUCCGCGUGUUCUCUCUAAACAUUCAACAUGUUUACUUCCAUCAUAGUUACAUGUAGUAGAGCUUACUGGUUAGGAAUUAAACCGGCCAGCCAAAAUGAAAUAUGAUUAACAGCGGUGUAGUUUAGUUAAUAACGUUUAGGGAUAUUUCUGUCCGUCAGUUAACUUAAAACGAUUGGAAUACUUUUAAACUUUGUGCAAGGUGUGGUUCAAAUAACCUGACAUUAUAACCUAUACCAAGAUAUCUGUCGCUUUACCUAAUCUAAACUAUCCACGGUUCCAUCCUCGACGAAGUGAAGUGAAAUCCAAAACUGAAUCACUGUCACUAAAAGCUGAUCAGUUUGACAUGUUAUGGGAUUUUAAAUGUCCGUCUUUUCUGCGAUGUCGAACUAUUCCCCUCCUCUUUUCUAUCUUCCACUUUCUGAAGGAAGAGGUAUCCAAUGAACCAACCCACGAUUAUAAGAAUUACUACAAUAAUAACUGCCACGUUUAUCUCGC